CUGUGUGAUACCCCAGCUAUAACUUUGCCUUCUUGCCUUUUCGCUUCCAUAUCUGUGUUUCUCGGGCGCGAUGGCUUUGCGACUCUCUUCUAGGCGAAUUUCUGCCGCAUUCCGUGCUCCACGGGGCAAUUGCUGCUUUGUCCGAUUUGCUUCUAUCGCCGCUGCGGCAUUGAAGGACUCCAGCCUACCACAAGAUGUGAAGGACUCAAUAGCGCGGGAAACCUCCUUGCCUACACCAGACCCACCCUCAUCCUCUAAAACGGCCGGUCUCGUAAACCAACAACUUCCAUACAUGGUCCCGACCUAUGUCCGGCCCCCGCCGAUGUUUGAGAAAGGAGAAGGCUGCUAUAUGUGGGAUGUUGAGAACAGGAGGUACCUCGACUUUACAGCCGGCAUCGCUGUCAACGCGUUGGGUCAUUGCGACGAGGGUGUUGCGCAGGUGAUUGCUGAGCAGGCGCGACAACUCAUGCACACCUCGAACCUCUACCACAACCCGCUCACCGGCCUCCUCUCAAAGCAGCUCAUCCAGCUUACGCACGCGACAGGCGGGUUCGCCUCUGCCAGCCGUGCAUUUAUCUGCAACAGCGGCUCCGAGGCCAACGAAGCAGCGAUCAAGUUCGCGCGCAAAGUCGGCAAAUCAGUCUCUCCAGAUAAGCCCAAAUACGAAUUCGUCUCCUUCCACAACUCCUUUCAUGGCCGAACCAUGGGCAGCUUGAGCGCGACGCCGAAUCCGAAGUAUCAGAAACCUUUUGCACCCAUGGUACCCGGCUUCAAAUACGGUACAUUUAACGACGUUGAUUCGAUCAACGAUCUGGUGACGGAGGAGACCUGCGGCGUAAUAGUCGAGCCAAUCCAGGGCGAAGGCGGGGUGAAUGUAGCCUCGCCAGAAUUUCUCAUUGCGCUGCGAAAGCGGUGCACUGAGGUUGGCGCCGUCCUCAUCUAUGACGAGAUCCAGUGCGGAUUGGGCAGGACAGGUACAUUUUGGGCUCACGCUGGAUAUCCGCAGGGAUGCCAUCCGGACAUGGUGACUACCGCGAAGGCGCUCGGCAACGGUUUUCCAAUUGGCGCCACUAUUGUGAACGACUUUGUCUGCGACCAUAUCAAGACUGGUGACCACGGCACGACUUUCGGCGGCAAUCCUCUCGGAAGCCGUGUAGCUUCUUAUAUUCUUGGCCGGUUGUCAUCGCCUGAAAUUCUGGAUUCAAUUCCCGCGAAGGAGGCAGUCUUCCGCAAGCACUUUGAGUCACUACAGAGGCGCUUCCCUGGUCAAAUUAAGGAGAUAAGGGGUCGAGGCUUGAUUCUCGGAUUGCAGCUUGUCACUGAUCCCACACCUAUCGUCACCGCGGCUAGGGAAAGGGGACUGCUUGUUAUUACUUGCGGGACGAACACCCUUAGGUUCGUUCCACCGCUUGUCAUUUCUGAAGCAGAGAUAGAAGAAGGCAUGGCUAUUUUGGCAGAUGCGAUGGAGAGCGUUCUGGAUAAGGGCGAAGCAGUGCAGGGAACGAAGGGACAGCAGGAGAUGCAGUGAACGCAAUGUUUGAGAUACUGUCAUCACGUCGUUCAGCAUGGCGUCCAGGGAUAUUUUACAUAUGGGUAUGAGUAUAUAGACAAAAGUACGACAACAUGAUCCAGCAUGGGAGACACGGCAACCUUGGAAUUGAC